AGAAGCAAGCGCGCACUGAGCCACCCGGACUCCGCGCUGCGCUGCACUCUUGGAGGCGCCUGGUGCCGUCGGGUCCGCCUGAACUGCGACGCCCACAGCCUCGGCGGGACCGGAUCCCCGGCGACGGAGGCGCCCACAGACCGCGCGCCCUUAUGUUCCCUGCGCAGGACGCUCUGCCCCGCGGCGGGCUGAACCUGAAGGAGGAGCCGCUGCUGCCCGCUGGCCUUGGCUCAGUGCGCUCCUGGAUGCAGGGGGCGGGCAUCCUGGACUCCAGCACAGCAGCGCAGAGUGGCGUGGGCCUGGCACGAGCACAUUUUGAGAAGCAGCCCCCUUCCAACCUCAGGAAAUCCAACUUCUUCCACUUCGUGCUGGCCAUGUAUGACCGGCAGGGGCAGCCCGUGGAGGUGGAGCGUACAGCCUUCAUCGACUUCGUGGAGAAGGACCGAGAGCCUGGGGCAGAAAAAACAAACAACGGGAUCCAUUACCGCCUGCGGCUGGUGUAUAACAAUGGACUUCGGACAGAGCAAGACCUCUAUGUGCGACUCAUCGACUCCAUGUCUAAGCAGGCCAUCAUCUAUGAAGGGCAGGACAAGAACCCUGAAAUGUGCCGAGUGCUGCUCACCCAUGAGAUCAUGUGCAGUCGGUGCUGUGACCGGAAGAGCUGUGGCAACAGGAAUGAGACACCCUCAGACCCAGUCAUUAUUGACAGGCCCUAUUUGGAGAAAGUGGAGUCACCACCAUUCUUCAUGGGCAGCUGGGGGCCCCUGAGCAGUCUCUCCACCCCUUUUUCCUUCUCUUCAGGCCCCAUGCCCAGCCCUGAGGUUUGGAGAGCCUGGUUCUUCCUCAAAUUUUUUCUCAAAUGCAACCAGAACUGCCUGAAGAAUGCAGGGAAUCCCCGAGACAUGCGCCGCUUCCAGGUGGUGGUAUCCACCACGGUGAGCGUGGACGGACACGUGCUGGCUGUGUCCGACAACAUGUUUGUGCACAACAACUCCAAGCAUGGCCGCAGGGCACGUCGACUGGAUCCCUCCGAAGCUGCCACUCCCUGCAUCAAGGCCAUCAGCCCCGGGGAGGGCUGGACCACGGGCGGCGCCACCGUCAUUGUCAUCGGCGACAACUUCUUCGACGGGUUGCAGGUUGUGUUUGGAAACGUGCUCGUGUGGAGCGAGCAGCUCAUCACGCCCCACGCCAUCCGGGUGCAGACGCCCCCGCGACACAUUCCUGGGGUUGUGGAGGUGACCCUCUCCUACAAGUCCAAGCAGUUUUGCAAGGGAGCCCCUGGCCGCUUUGUCUACACAGCCCUGAAUGAGCCCACCAUUGACUACGGAUUCCAGAGGCUGCAGAAAGUCAUCCCCAGACACCCUGGAGACCCCGAGAGGCUGCCCAAGGUACUCAAAGGAGCGGGAUGGGGACGAAGGUUUCCUGAGGGCGAGCGGGUGAGGAGGACCUUCAGAGGGUCCCUCCGCGGCCCCCAGGGGCUGCCCCCUCCGUCGUGCUGUCUCCUCCCCUACCCCCAGGAAGUGCUGCUAAAGCGGGCGGCUGACUUGGCGGAGGCCCUGUACGGCGUGCCCAGCAGUAACCAGGAGCUCCUCCUGAAGCGCGCGGCGGACGUGGCCGAGGCUCUGUACAGCGCCCCCCGCGCGCCUGCACCGCUCGGACCCCUGGCGCCGAGCCACCCGCACCCUGCGGUCGUGGGCAUCAAUGCCUUCAGCAGCCCGCUGGCAAUCGCUGUCGGGGACGCCACGCCGGGGCCCGAGCCCGGCUACGCUCGCAGCUGCAGCAGCGCGUCCCCCCGCGGGUUCGCGCCUAGCCCUGGCUCACAGCAGAGUAGCUAUGGCAGUGGCCUUGGAGCGGGCCUCAGCGGCUAUGGUGCACCAGGUGUGGCCGGUCUUGGUGUGCCCGGUUCCCCUAGCUUCCUCAAUGGCUCUACCGCCACCUCGCCUUUCGCCAUCAUGCCCUCUAGCCCCCCGCUGGCGGCUGCCUCCUCCAUGUCCCUCCCGGCCGCUGCCCCCACUACCAGCGUAUUCUCCUUCUCGCCUGUCAACAUGAUCUCCGCCGUCAAGCAGAGGAGCGCCUUUGCCCCCGUGCUGCGUCCACCCAGCUCCCCACCCCAGGCCUGCCCCAGAGUCCACGGAGAGGGGCUUCCAGACCAGCCUUUUGAGGAUUCUGACAAGUUCCACUCUCCGGCCCGGGGGCUCCAAGGCCUGGCAUACUCCUAAUUACGGUCUGCAGGUGUUGCCCCCACUGAGCCUGGACUGGAGGUCCCUCCGGGAUUCCCAGUCAUGUCCUGGAUGGCGGUACAAACAGAUGCAGGGCCAGGGCUGUGGUCAGACCUCAACCCUUGGGCUGAACAGGGAGAGACCUUCCCCCUAUGCUCAAGGCCCCUUUGGCCUCACAAGCUUCUCUCAUCUCCCUUUCUUGGGUCUGGCUGGAAACCUCGGCACAGUACUGAUGCUCUUGGCAGGAGAGCCUCCCAGGGAGGUGCUGGGAUGCCAGGCCUCGCUUGUUGGGUCGGUUCCUCUGGAAGAGAUGGAUUCUGUGCAGACCAGGGAUGUCAGUGAGGGGAGCAUGGGAUGGGGACCAUGGGAAAGAGGACAGCUCAGGGAGAGGUGACCUGGAAAGGUCCUGUUUGCAUCUGACCCAUCUCAAUUGGCCCAGCAUCCCGACUUCUCUCCAGUGAAAAGGGUGGACCCAACAGCCUCUGGUCCACCCAGGCUCCCAUGGAGCUUCCAUCAGCAGCUGGACCCUGUGGCUGCCCCCACGUCCUUUGAGACCAGCAUAUUUAUGCUUUUCACAUCAUGCCUCCCUGUGGGGGCUUUGGGCAUGGAGGAUACAGAAGAGGGGUUGCCAGGCCUCCUGGAUUUUGAGUCUUCCCUCAAGUGGAUGUCUCAUGAACUCUGGCCCCUCAUACACACUGACUCUGGUUGGCCCCAUGAAUGACCUGGCUGCCCCCCAGGUGGCCUAACACUCUGCUCUGCUAAGUCUGGAGAAAAUAGAACAAUAAACCAGAUGCAGAUGGCCA